ACAAGGAAUGCAAAUUAUCACCAAUUGGAUAGAGGAACCUUCUCCACACAAGUUGGGAUUCUAAGCCCAUUAUAUAUAUGGGAUACCUAUGUAUCAUGUUCCAAGCAUCAACCUUUCCCUUCUGGGCAAUACCGUAUUCAAAAGAUGGAAGCUCAAAAUUCUGGGCAUUCGCAUAUUGUUGAAGUAGGUGGAGAUGUGCCAGCUACAGAUACGAGCUUGUGUGGGACCAAGAUUUGUGGGGAUGCACCGUGCGGAUUUUCAGAUGCUAAAACUAGUUCCAAAGACACACAGGAACGGUCAGCAUCCAUGCGGAAGCUUUUGAUAGCGGUUGUCCUCUGUGUCAUUUUCAUGAGUGUGGAGGUUGUUGGGGGUAUCAAAGCCAACAGUCUUGCGAUUCUCACUGAUGCGGCUCAUUUGUUGUCAGAUGUUGCCGCAUUUGCAAUUUCUUUGUUCUCACUUUGGGCAUCAGGAUGGGAGGCAACUCCUCGUCAGUCGUAUGGCUUCUUCCGGAUUGAAAUACUAGGUGCUCUUGUUUCCAUUCAGAUGAUUUGGCUGCUUGCUGGGAUCCUUGUUUAUGAAGCCAUUGCAAGACUUAUCCAUGACACUGGUGAAGUUGAGGGCUUUCUCAUGUUUCUUGUUUCUGCGUUUGGUUUACUGGUUAAUAUCGCCAUGGCACUCUUAUUGGGUCAUGAUCAUGGGCACGAUCACGGACAUGGACAUGGCCAUGGUGGGCAUGGUCAUGGACAUGGUGAUCAUAAUCAUAGUCAUGAGGAUCAUGAUGAGACCCAUAACCAUGGGAUUACUGUGACAACACAUCACUCUCAUCAUCAUGAGGCGCACUCGAAUCAUGACGACAAGCACCAUCAUACCGAUGUAAUUAACAUCACAGAACCUCUGCUCAAUCAUAGCUCUGAAGGUGAAAAGAAACCAGAAGGUAAAAAGAAGAAGCAACGAAACAUCAAUGUGCAGGGGGCUUAUCUUCAUGUACUUGGCGAUUCCAUUCAGAGUAUUGGAGUGAUGAUUGGUGGAGGGCUUAUCUGGUACAAGCCAGAGUGGAAGAUUAUUGAUCUGAUAUGUACUCUUGUAUUUUCAGUAAUCGUGCUGGCGACAACAAUCCGGAUGUUGAGGAACAUUUUGGAGGUUUUGAUGGAGAGCACUCCCAGAGAGAUUGAUGCCACAAAGAUUGAGAAAGGUCUCUGCGAGAUGGAUGAGGUAGUUGCCAUUCACGAGCUGCACAUAUGGGCGAUAACUGUUGGGAAGGUGUUAAUGGCUUGUCAUGUUAUCGUUAAGCCGGAUGCUAAUGCCGAUGUGGUGCUGGAAAAGGUUGUAGACUACAUCAAGAGAGAAUAUAAUAUCAGUCAUGUAACGAUUCAGAUAGAACGUCAGUAGAGAUGGAGAGAGACGAUGUGUCAAUGCCCGACUGCUGUAAUUAGGUCAGUUUGGAGUUUUUAAGACUUUGACAGAUUAUAAUCCAUCAUCCCAUUGUUUUGCUCUUA